AGUGACCCCACUGCUGGACUAGUUUUCAAUUCCCAUCCCCAAUCUCUCUCUGCUUAGCUCUGCAUGGAGCUCUCGUUGUCUCCUUCGUCUUCACUUCGAAUCCAAGCCGUAUUCCCUCACUGCAAGACACCAUUUUAUCACACAAAGAUACCCACUAAGCCUACAAGCAAAUCUCAUCGCUCUCUCUUAGAAUGCCACCCAAUAUUGCCUUCAAUUGCACUUUUCGAUCCCAGAAGUUACUCGAAACCUGCAUCAAACAGACGGUGUAGGCGUAAUUCCACCUGGGCAUGCACUCAAAUUGGAGCAGCUGGGUCUGAUCCAAUACCAAAUAAAAUUUCAGACUUUAAAGAUGCGUGCUGGAGAUUUCUUAGGCCUCAUACCAUACGUGGAACAGCUCUAGGGUCCUCUGCUUUGGUGGCAAGAGCGUUGAUUGAGAACACACAUUUGAUAAAGUGGUCUCUGCUACUUAAGGCAUUCUCUGGCCUUUUUGCUUUAAUAUGCGGAAAUGGCUAUAUAGUUGGCAUCAAUCAGAUCUACGAUAUUGGGAUUGACAAGGUAAACAAACCUUAUUUACCUAUAGCUGCAGGGGAUUUAUCGGUUCAAUCUGCAUGGUUAUUGGUGAUAUUUUUUGCAGUGACUGGCCUGUUGAUUGUUGGAUUGAACUUUGGCCCAUUCAUUACUUCUCUUUACUGUCUUGGUCUUUUUCUUGGCACCAUCUAUUCAGUUCCUCCAUUUAGAAUGAAGAGAUUUCCUGUUGCAGCAUUUCUUAUAAUUGCCACGGUCCGCGGUUUUCUUCUAAAUUUUGGUGUAUAUUACGCCACUAGAGCGGCCCUUGGACUUACAUUCGAGUGGAGCUCACCCGUGGCUUUCAUCACUACUUUUGUAACAUUGUUUGCGCUGGUCAUUGCCAUAACAAAAGAUCUUCCUGAUGUUGAGGGUGAUCGCAAGUUUCAGAUAUCAACCUUAGCAACAAAGCUUGGAGUUAGGAACAUUGCGUUCCUUGGUUCUGGGCUUUUGUUGGUAAACUAUGUUGCUUCUGCACUGGCAGCACUUUACAUUCCUCAGGCUUUCAACCGUAGCUUAAUGGUACCUGCUCAUAUGAUCUUGGCAUCAAUCUUGAUCUUCCAGGCAUGGGUGUUGGAACAAGCAAAUUACACUCAGGAAGCAAUCUCACGGUUCUAUCGAUUUAUAUGGAAUCUCUUCUAUGCUGAGUACAUUAUAUUCCCUUUCAUCUAGCAACUUAAAUCUUUAUUUUUCUUGACCCCUUUUUAGAGAGAGAGAGAGAGAAAGAGAUUUGUACUUUUCUGUAAAUAACAUGUAUGCUUUGUAUUAGCAAUGUUGUUGUAUGUGUUAUAGUUUU